CGCCAGGCCCCGCUCGCGCAGUGCUCGGGCCGGCGAAGAUGGCGGCCGAGAGGGAGCCUCCGCCGCUGGGGGACGCGAAGCCCACCGACUUCGAGGAGCUGGAGGACGGGGAGGACCUGUUCACCAGCACCGUGUCCACCCUGGAGUCAAGUCCGUCGUCUCCAGAACCAGCCAGUCUUCCCGCAGAAGAUAUCAGUGCAGACUCAAAUGGUUCCAGACCCACAGAAGUUAUACUAGAUGACGACAGAGAAGACCUUUUUGCAGAAGCCACAGAAGAGGUUUCUUUGGACAGCCCAGAAAGAGAACCUAUUCUCUCCUCAGAGCCUUCUCCUGCAGUCACACCUGUCACUCCAACUGCACUCAUUGCUCCUAGACUUGAAUCCAAGAGUAUUUCUGCUCCUGUGAUCUUUGAUAGAUCCAGGGAAGAGAUUGAAGAAGAAGCAAAUGGAGAUAUUUUUGAUAUAGAAAUUGGUGUGUCAGAUCCAGAGAAAGUUGGUGAUGGUAUGAAUGCUUACAUGGCUUACAGAGUAACAACAAAGACUUCUCUUUCCAUGUUCAGUAAGAGUGAAUUUUCGGUUAAAAGAAGAUUCAGUGACUUUCUCGGUUUGCACAGCAAGUUAGCAAGCAAGUAUUUACAUGUUGGUUACAUUGUACCACCAGCUCCAGAAAAGAGCAUAGUAGGUAUGACCAAGGUCAAAGUAGGUAAAGAAGACUCGUCAUCUACUGAGUUUGUGGAGAAGCGGAGAGCAGCUCUGGAAAGGUACCUCCAGAGAACAGUGAAGCAUCCAACUUUGCUGCAGGAUCCCGACUUAAGGCAGUUUUUGGAAAGUUCAGAGCUGCCUAGAGCAGUUAAUACCCAGGCUCUGAGUGGAGCAGGAAUAUUGAGGAUGGUGAACAAGGCUGCCGACGCCGUCAACAAAAUGACAAUCAAGAUGAAUGAAUCGGAUGCAUGGUUUGAAGAGAAGCAACAGCAAUUUGAGAAUCUCGACCAGCAGCUACGGAAACUUCAUGCCAGUGUUGAGGCCUUGGUGUGUCACAGAAAAGAACUUUCAGCCAACACAGCUGCCUUUGCUAAGAGUGCUGCCAUGUUGGGAAAUUCUGAGGACCACACUGCUUUGUCUCGAGCCCUGUCUCAGCUGGCAGAGGUUGAGGAGAAGAUAGACCAGCUGCAUCAAGAGCAAGCUUUUGCUGACUUCUACACAUUUUCAGAGCUGCUUAGUGACUACAUCCGUCUAAUCGCCGCAGUGAAAGGUGUGUUUGAUCAUCGAAUGAAGUGCUGGCAGAAAUGGGAGGAUGCUCAAAUUACUUUGCUCAAAAAACGUGAAACUGAGGCAAAAAUGAUGGUUGCUAACAAACCAGAUAAAAUACAGCAAGCUAAAAAUGAAAUAAGAGAGGAAAUUGAAGAGUGGGAGGCAAAAGUACAACAAGGAGAAAGAGAUUUUGAACAGAUCUCUAAAACUAUUCGAAAAGAAGUAGGAAGAUUUGAGAAAGAACGAGUAAAAGAUUUUAAAACCGUUAUCAUCAAAUACUUAGAAUCAUUAGUACAAACACAGCAGCAGCUGAUAAAGUACUGGGAAGCAUUCCUGCCUGAAGCCAAAGCCAUUGCCUAGCAAUACGACGCUCCUGUGAAGACGUUCAGUGUUUGUUCACUUGGGCUGAAUUCUACAGUGAAGUCAUUUAAAACCAUCGAAAUGAACCACUAUAUAUUUUAUGAUUACAUGUGGGUUUUUUAUAUAUAUCAGAUAUAUAUAUGCGCUGACAUUUUAUUACAAGCUGCAUGUCCUGACCCUCUUUGAAUUAAGUGGACUGUGGCAUGACAUUCUGCAAUAUUUUGCUGAAUUGAACACUAUUGUGUCUUAAAUACUUGCACUAAAAAGUGCACUGCAAGGCCAGAAAAUUUUACAAUAUUUUUUCUUUAUAUAUGUUCUGUAGUAUGUCUACCCUCUUUAUGAAGCAAAUUAUUGAUGCAUUGAUUAAUGUUCACUUAUACAUUCCUGUACAGAAAUUAUGAUUUUGUGAUUACAGUAAUAAAAUGAUAUUCCUUGUGAA